AGACUCGCGACAGUUAUCGCUUCUUCCAUUAACCUCCAAUUACUUUUCCGUAGUCUACACUACAGAUACCUGAAAGAGUGUAACGGCAUAUUUAUCCGGCACUACCCUCACCCACGCCUACGAUGCUAGAUCUAGACAAAAUCAUACAAGACGUGAAAGAAUGCCGACACGUAGCAGAGCAAGACGUACUAGAGUUGUGCCUGAAGGCAACCGAGCUACUAUUAGACGAAGCCAAUGUGCAAUUUGUCGACACGCCCGUGACGGUAUGCGGCGACAUCCACGGACAGUUACACGACCUCCUCACUUUGUUCAAGACCGGCGGAGAGUGCCCCGACACGCGGUACUUGUUUCUAGGUGAUUUUGUGGACCGUGGGUUCUAUUCGCUCGAGUCGUUUCUCCUCUUGCUCUGCCUCAAGGUGCGCUACCCCGACCGGAUGACUCUUAUCAGGGGAAACCACGAGUCGCGCCAGAUCACUCAGGUCUACGGCUUUUACGAUGAGUGUGUGCGAAAGUAUGGGAGUGCAAACGUUUGGCGUUACUGCUGCGAGGUAUUCGACUACUUGUCGUUGGGAGCGUUGAUCGGGGGGGCUGGCGGCGUUUUCUGCAUCCAUGGGGGGUUAUCCCCUGAUAUCGACGCUAUCAACCAGAUCAGGCUCUUGGAUAGGAAGCAGGAGGUGCCUCAUGAAGGCGCCAUGUGCGAUUUGCUCUGGUCGGACCCCGAAGACGUGCCAGGCUGGGCCAUCAGCCCCAGAGGCGCUGGGUUUCUCUUUGGGGGGAACGAGGUGGCCAAGUUUCUAGAGAGGAACGAUAUUUCGCUCAUUGCGCGCGCGCACCAGUUGGUUAUGGAGGGGUACAAGGAAAUGUUUGACGAGGGGUUGGUGACCGUGUGGUCAGCCCCGAACUACUGCUACCGAUGUGGGAAUGUGGCGGCGAUAUUGACGAUUGGUGAAGAUUUGAGCAGAGAGUACAAGAUCUUUGAGGCGGCAAUCCAGGAUGCCACAUCGAUCCCGUCGAAAAAGCCGGUGACGGAUUACUUUUUGUAGCGCGGCGCGCAACCUGUGUGAGCGUACUAGUGCAUAGGGAUGCAAACGUGCGAAGCCUAGUCUUUGGAUACGACAUAAUGACAAUUUCUUAUUUUCUACAGCAUUUAAUAUUCAUAUUUAUUUCGGCA